AUGCGGAAAAUAAACAUCGAUUGUACUGCUCCAAGUUCGUGGUUUCCGAAAAAAACAGUAUCGUCGGACACUGCUUCACUGGACGAUCUAGAUUGUACUCGUUGCGGUUCAACACAGGAUCCAUCUCUCUCGUCCAUUAAUGCAUCUUCAUGGUACCCUUCCCACACAUCAGCCCUACCUCCGAUUCCUUCACCUAAUCCGAAUAGGAGCUUUGGACUAAGUUCUAUUACCGGUGGAACGAACAUCGACACAGGUUCGUUGAUCAACGCUGGCUCUCCGUUGGGCGAUGAAGAUAGUGAGGAACCUAAGAAGUGUGAAGUCAACGGUUGUUCGAGAGCUUUUUCGUUAGAGGCAAAUUUGAAGUCACAUCUUAAAACGCACACUGGCGAGAAACCGCACAAAUGUCAGUUUUGUGACCGUGCAUUUUCUCAUCCGUAUAACUUGCGAGUUCAUAUCUCUAGGAGACACAAAGACAAGAAAUUAGGUUGA